AUGAGUAAUAAAGUCCUUUGUCUCUGACCCAGAAGUCUUGUGUCUUCUGCCAGCCUCUAUGGAACUGCAGUAUGGUAACUUGUAGGCUUUUCCAAAUUUUGUCAUUGAGAAUGCCAGCCUUCUUCUGGAAAAUGCCUCUGAACAUACACAGAUUGCCAGAAUCACUGUGUCUGUCUCACCUCAUGCUUCUCUGGUUGGAGAUCCUGUUAUUAUUAAUGCAAAUCCUGCAGUCCAUCCAUUUGUGCUGUCUCAUAGAUCCACACAUCUUUGGAAAUACUUCAUUUCCCCGGAGGGCUCUGGCUUUACAAUUGACAGCAUCGGAACAAUUUCCACAGCAGCAGUUUCUGAUUUUGAAAGUGAAUCUAGAAGGUAUAGGGGCCAUGAAAUCACUUGUUCAAAUCCUGAUGAAAGUGUUAGAAAGGCUCAUUGCUUUCUUCCUUCCUUGCUGUCAUCAACCUUCCAGCAUUCAGCUAGACCCCAGUUUUUCAAUGGUUAUUAAAGUGGUUGAUUCUGGAGGACUGUUUACAGCUGGAAAUCUAAAGAUUUUUCUCAUCAGUAUAAACAAUAAGGACCCCAUUCUUACCUGCAGAAUUGGAAAAAACUACUUUGAAGUUCAUAUGGAAUCAGAAAAGAGCCCGCAUUGCCAAGUCAAUCCUAAGCCAAAAGAACAAAGCCGGAGGCAUCACGUUACCUGACUUCAAACUCU